UCUCUUCUUAUAAACGCGAAAUCACAUGCGUUUUUCCCUCUUCAGAGAGAGAGUGAGUGAGAGAUUCGUUAAUGGCAGUAGAUCUUGAGCAAGAUCUAACCUCUUAGAAGAAAAACCCUAAUUUUCAAUCCAUCUUUUCCUUUUCAGAGGCGAGAGAGAGCGACUUCCAUGGUGAGAUCUACCUCCUCUUUUAUAGGGUUUUGAGAUCUUGCUCUUUUUCGUUUCUCCUCAGUAGCUCCAUCUCUCCUUUCCACGCCAGAUUUCUAUCUCCGGAAUUCUUUUACAUGCCAGAUCGAUCGGUCUCUUCUCUUUCUUAGGGUUUGCGAGAAGCUUCUUGGUUUAAGUGGGGAAAAGGGGGUUUUUUUUUUCUGGAAAUUGGCUGUUGCUCAUAUGGUUUUUUAUCUGAAUGUUUCGACUUUUUCUGCCAUUUUCGGAUUUUGAUGGAAUCUCUAGUUGUCUUAGCGGAUGGAUCUGAUCGGUGCUGUUAUCUGAACAACGGGGUUUUUGGCGAAUUUUGAAAUACUUUUAGGUUUUUUUUUAAAAAAAAUUGAAAAAAGUCUGUUAUUGUCCUGCGAGUUUUCUGAUUUUAAAGGAAAUUGCAGUUUUAGUAGCGGAUAGAUCUGUUUUGUACUUUUUCGAAGAGAUUGUGUUCUUCUGUUUGGUAAAAAAGGAUUUUUUUUUUCUUUCAGUUGUAGGGGCCUUUUUACAAAAAUCCUUUUUUUUUCCUUUUGUUUUCUGGUGUUUUUGGAGAGAGUGUUUUCUUUUGUAUGGUGAGAAUGGGCUUAUUGCAAAUUUCCAGUUUCUAGUAGUGUUGUUUGGCAAAAAUCCGAUUUUUUUUUUUCUUGCUAGUUUCUACAUUUGUAGGACACUGCAUUUUCGUGGCGGAUCUCUACAAAUUCUUCCAACCGCAUUUGAUUUUCUUCACUUGACUUCUUCAAAAGCAGAGAUCUUCCUUCAAAUACAAGCUCAAAAGAAAUUUUUUUUUUUUUCCCUUCUUUCUGCAAUGGCGGCGUCUAAGAGGAAAAUGCAGUCUGUGGAAGCGGACAGCUGCGUUGAGAAUCGCAUUUCUUCCUUUCCAGAUGAGGUUUUAGAACGGGUUCUUGUUUUCGUGAAAUCGCACAAGGAUAGGAGCUCUGUCUCGUUAGUCUGCAAGGACUGGUAUAGCGCCGAUUGCUGGAGCCGGACCCAUGUCUUCAUUGGGAACUGCUACUCAGUCUCCCCGGAGAUCCUUGUCCGCCGAUUCCCCAACAUCCGGAGCGUUACCCUGAAAGGGAAGCCCCGUUUCUCCGACUUCAAUCUGGUCCCUCCUAAUUGGGGUGCCGAUAUCCAUUCCUGGCUUGUUGUGUUUGCCUCGGCCUACCCGUUUCUGGAGGAGCUCCGGUUGAAGAGGAUGGCAGUUAGUGAUGAGAGCUUGGAGUACCUGGCACGGUCGUUUGGGAACUUCCGUGCGCUCUCCCUCGUGAGCUGUGAUGGUUUCAGCACUGAUGGGCUUGCAGCCAUUGCAACCCAUUGCAGGAAUUUGACUGAGCUGGACAUACAGGAGAAUGGGAUUGAUGAUCUUGGGGGCAGCUGGCUAAGUUGCUUCCCUGAAAGCUUCGCAUCUUUGGAAGCACUGAAUUUUGCUAAUUUGAGCAGUGAAGUGAGUUUCGAUGCUCUAGAGCGGCUCGUUACCAGGUGCAAGUCACUGAAGGUCCUGAAAGUUAAUAAGAAUGUUACACUCGAACAGUUACAGAGGCUGCUUGUGAGAGCUCCUCAACUGACAGAGCUCGGAACAGGCUCAUUUUCACAAGAGCUCAUGCCUCGGCAGAAUGCAGAACUUGAAAGUGUGUUUAGCCACUGCAAAAACCUACACACACUUUCGGGUUUAUGGGAAGUCAGUGCCCUAUAUCUACAGGCAUUAUAUCCAGCCUGCACAAAUCUGACUUUCUUGAAUCUGAGCUAUGCUGCUCUGCAAAGUGCUCAACUGGCUAAGCUUUUGUCAAGCUGCCCACAUCUUCGACGUCUGUGGGUUCUGGACACUGUAGAGGAUAAAGGUUUGGAGGCUGUGGGAUCCAGCUGCCCCUUGCUCGAAGAGCUCCGUGUCUUCCCAGCGGACCCUUAUGAUCAGGAUGCGAUCGGAGGUGGCGGCGGGGUGACAGAAUCUGGUUUUGUUGCUGUCUCUCGUGGCUGCCGAAACCUCCACUAUGUCCUCUACUUCUGCCGCCAGAUGACGAAUGCAGCCGUGGAGACGGUGGUCCGCAACUGCCCUGACUUCACCCACUUCCGCCUCUGUAUCAUGAACCCAUGCCAGCCUGACUACCAUACCAAUGAGCCCAUGGAUGAGGCCUUUGGUGCGGUCGUGAAGGCAUGUGCCAAACUCCAGCGGCUUGCCAUCUCAGGCCUCUUGACGGACCGCGUGUUUGAGUACAUUGGUAAAUACGCUAAGAACCUUGAGACACUCUCAGUCGCCUUCGCGGGAAGCAGUGACCGGGGCAUGCAGUACGUGCUUGAGGGCUGCCCGAAGUUGCGGAAGCUGGAGAUAAGGGACUGCCCAUUUGGGAAUGCAGCACUACUCUCAGGGCUGGAGAGGUAUGAGUCGAUGAGAUCGCUGUGGAUGUCGGCCUGCCAUGUGACAAUGAAUGGGUGUAGGCUUUUGGCAAGGGAUAUGCCAAGGUUGAAUGUGGAGGUGAUCAAGGAAGAUGAAAACGAUGAUACACGGGCUGAGAAGGUUUAUGUAUACCGGUCGGUCGCUGGGCCAAGGAGGGAUGCCCCGCCUUUUGUCCUCACCCUCUGAAAAUUGGAAAGCUCGGUUUCGCAGCUGAAGGCUGAAGUGUGGGAAUUCCAUAUACAUUCCCUGAAAGUGGACGAUGGAAGAAAAGAAAACAAGAAAAGGAACAUGGGGUCUGCGAAACAUGAAACAUUUUCCCUUUAUCAAAGUUUCUCUCCUUUACAAAGCAGCAAACCGAGAAGAACAAAAUUCAGGCCUCCACUGCCUCCAUAGCGUGGAAUGGACCCAUAUUGGCCUCGGGACCCAGAGCCACGCCCUUAAAGAGCAUGAUCGCCAAGCUGCCAAUGCAGAAGUAGAUGAAGCACCCGCAGCAGUGUGUGACGAAGGAUCCAAAAUCUGUCCCCACAAUGCAUUGCCACCCCGGCCCAUAUGCCUGAUCAAAUUCCUGCAAGAAAAAGAAGACUCAAAGUGUGAUUUUUAUGGCUUACCAAUACACUGCAUUGUACAUGGGCGACAACAUGCAUGUUGACGUACCUUCUUGAUGUAGCAGGCAAUGUUGGUGGAGUCGGUAAUAUCAAAGGCAUCGAGGGCCUUGGCAGUGACAUGGAGGGCGUGCUGCUGCAUGGUCUGCAGCAUGUCGGUCUCGCUGAUGACUGCCUUGCCUUCCAGCAUUGUGAGAUUUCGAGGCGGGAGAGGGGGCGUUUGAAGGGGCCGAAAUUGAGAAGGGAAUGUACUUGAUUUGGGCGGGAGACUUUGAGGGGUGGUGGUGAUUAUAUUGACCGGAGAAUAAAGGAGUGGGUGUUCGUGGCCAUCAACUGAUGCUGAGGGAAUAUGCCAGGUCGAUCAAGGACGGAACAAUGUCUGUGCGGGCACACGACGUGGAUGUGGUCGAUGGGUUCCGUGGUCGAGGUGGAUGCAUGCGUCGGAAUGCCUGUGGUCCCUUCCUCUGGGUGUGGUCACCUGUGUGACGGUGGAUGAGGAGCGUCCUCUAUUUCCUAUCCGUUGUAUCUUUACCCCAAUGAUUGUUUUGUCGCGGCCGUCACGUUGCAUCCUGACCACAGAUUCCCUCUUGUCAAUCUGGCCACGGAAAUUCUCUGAUGGUGGUUGGUUUGUUGUAUUUUUCAAUAAAAGGGGAGAGGUUUGGAGAA